AUGCCCAACCAGGGUCCAGUGUCCGACUGGACGGAGUGCAGUUCCUCCGCAGAGCCGCCCGCAGUGGCCAGGGCCCAGGGUGGCGGCGGCGGAUCAGCUGGACAUUCUUAUUACCAGAAUUCCAAAGGUACUGACAGAAUCAAAGAUGGACACAAAGUGAACUCAUCUAGAGCCAAGCUGCAAGAGUUAUGGAAAAUGCCUCAAACAAUUCACACCCCUAAGUCAAUGACAGAGCCUUUCUCUCUAAAGCAUCCAGACCUCACCUUAGUCCAGAAGCGCUACCUGUGUAGCAUUGCUAAGAUCUAUAAUGCAAACUAUCUGAGGACUUUAAUGAAGAGGCACUACAUGCAUGUGAUCCAGCGCAGCUCCCAAAAGCCAGGCAGGUGUGUCCUCACUCACCACAGGGGCCACCGCAGUUCUCGUUACUCACAGAAGCAGCAUCACCCCUGUACUACAUGGCGACACCAGCUGGAGAGAGAGGACUUGGGGCCUUCUAACAUUGCAGCUGCAUCUGCACCUGAGAUGAUACAACAUUCGCUUUGGCGACCAGUGAGAAACAAAGAAGGUUUAAAAACUGGAUAUGCAUCUAAAACAAGAUGUAAGUCAUCGAAGAUUUUUAGAAAACCAGGCAGACUGUUCAUGCAAUCAGUUUCUACAAAUGAUUCUGAAUCAUACAUGAGUGAAGAAAAAAAGGAAGAAGAUUUACUAAAUAAGUGUAUGCAAUCAAUGUCAAUUGAAGAACAGGGAGAACAUCUGAUGUUAACUUGA